UCUAAUUGAGUACUUAUGGAGCAGUUAUUCUUGACCUUCAUGAGCUUUCGCCGAGUUAUACAGUUAACUGCCUAGUGCAUUAAACUUAGUAAAAGUCAAAUUAAAACUUAUACUAACUAAAAUUGCAAGACAAUUUGUAUUCAAAUCGAUUUGAUUUCAAUCUACAAGUUAAAAGACUUUCAAGAUGUUUGGUUCACUUUUAGAGCUGAGCGAUGAUUUCUUUGCUUAUAAUUUGAAAUAUUUGUUUCUUGUUGGAUUAUGGCCUGACGAUGCUUGGGCCAAAACGCACCCAUCUCUGUACAAAAUUUACGAAAAUAUUACGCAUGUACUGUCAAUUAUUUUCUUGAUUACUAGUGGCAUCGGGACCUAUCAAAUAAAAGAUGAUGUAGUUCUGCUCAUGACCAAUUUGGACAAGUGCCUGGUAGCAUAUAAUUUUGUCGCAAAAGUGGGUAUUUUCGUUUGGAAACGCAGGCAAGUUGAGAUUCUCAUUUCGGAGAUUGUCAAUUCAGGCGAUCAGUUAACUGAAGAGCGUAAAAAGAUGAUGUUGAUGAUCAUCACAGUCGUAACUGGAUUGAGUACAUCUAUAGUAGGUGCGUUUAGUGCUUUAGCUUUGUAUCACAACGAAUUGUCUGUAGAGGCUUGGAUGCCUUUCGAUCCGAUGGAAAGCAAGAUGAAUUUGUUGACGGCAUCUCAACUGUUGGCCAUUACCUUUGUGGUACCAGUGAUUUGGCGAGCUAUAGCAAUGCAAGGUAUAGUCUGUAGCUUGAUAAUGUACUUGUGUGACCAGCUGGUGGAAUUGCAAGAAAGGAUCAGGUCGCUGGAAUUCACUUCUAUGACUGAAAGGGCUGUGAGAGAAGAAUUUAAAAAUAUUGUGAAAAAACAUGUUCGGUUGAUGGGGUACACUCAAGAUAUGAAUAAAAUUUUCGAAGAGUAUUUCUUGAUCCAGAACUUAGCGGUCACUUUAGAAUUGUGUCUCAAUGCUCUGAUGGCCACAAUGAUAGGAUUCGAGCAAAAAACUCUGUUGGCUACUUUCUUUGCCUUUUUGUGUGUUGCUCUGAUGAACGCUUACAUUUACUGUUAUUUGGGUAAUGAGAUGAUUAUUCAGAGUGGAAAUCUUGCAUUGGCGGCAUACGAAUCUUCGUGGAUAUCAUGGCCAUUGGACCUGCAGAAAGAUUUGGUAAUCCUCCUGAGAGUAGCCCAGAAACCGCUGUAUUUAAGUGCUGGAGGCAUGGUCGCCAUGUCUAUACAGACUUACAGUCAGACGCUGUACAACGGGUACUCCAUUUUCGCCGUAUUAAACGACGUUGUCGCUUAAGCGAAUAAAUACUUCUAAAAUGUAGUUGCACUUAUAAAUAAAUGUAUGUAGAUCAGUGCCUGUGGUAAGGUUCACAUUAAAAAAUAUAAAAUAGUAUCAAUAUAACUACAUGAUUCUCAUCUUGGCUCUUCUCAAGUUGCAUUCGAAAAUUCUAAAUCGAGGGCUGAGAGCAGGGGGAUGACACUUGCAAUAUAGUUAAAGUUAGUAAAGAUGAUAGCGAUUUCUGUUGAUUGAAGUUGAAGUGUUAAUUAAUUCCAGAGACCCUACUUUUGCGUAAAGUUGACUUCUAAUUAUGUUAACUACAUCACUAGAUGUCACUACACAUGGAUAUAAUUUUAAGGCAUGAAUACAACACCAAGAAGGUUGUAUAUACCUCGUUUGUCAAGACCUUUCUUUAUUUAUAAUAUGCCUAGCAACUGUUGUUUGCUGUCAAUCAAAAAUAAAUAAACGUCGUAAACAGAUUUCAAGAGCUUAUUUGUUCUCUAUUAAUUUAAAAGUUGUAGCUGAGUAAAAAUGGAGCAAGCAUAAACUCCAGUAGAUUCAAAUAGGGAAAUUAGACUCUUUUACAAAACCUGGAGGUUCCAAAUUUUAAUAGUCCUCAAGGUAAUGCCGAUGCCGGGAGGCUCGAAGGUAAGAAGAUGAUACAAUCUGCAAAGAUUUGUGCGAUUUGAUUACACGAAAGAAAUCUUAGGCAAACUAGAACGCAUCUACGAGUAUGGUAUGAGAUACGUGCGUAGACAAGACAUACGACCUUUGCCUGAAAUUCAUCAGCUACAAGAAUGACCCGAAUCACGACAUCAUUACCCAUGUGUCAAUUUUAAAGAAUAUCUGGAGCCAACUGCUUACAGAGAUACAGAGCUGGACGAAAUUACCCCAGUCUCCUAAUGUGCAAGAUCCUAGACACUACCUCCGGAAUAUCUUGAAUUCAAAUCCAGUUAGCUGUCAAUGUCAAAGAAGGCACGCUCAGUUGAGAACCUGGCAAGUCAGUUAUGCGAACUCAAAGUCAGACUGAGAUACAUAAGUCACAGAAGAUGAGGCUAAUGCAGCUUUGUGCACAAAGAUGAACAAGGCUAAAAAGAAGAACAAUUCCAACGAGAUUAGGAACUGCAAGUACUUUACACCUAAUACUCUACUACUAUCUUGUAUACCAAAUUGAAAGCAAUAAACAUAUCUACUUACGUUA